AUGAUGCUGUCUGCAAGGCAGGGAGCAUUGUUGUUGGUUUGUUUCUUCAUCUUUGGUGGCGUCCAAGGAAAAGGUUGGUUUCUCUGAAUCUUUCAAGUUUUACCUCUCACUUUUUUCAAGUCAGGCUAUUAUAUACCUUUCAUUAGCGUUAUUUAGUAAAGCAUUAAUCGAAAUUCAGAGCUUCGUGAAUUCUUUUAUAAUGACACACCCAAGCGCAACGUGAUACAUAAAAUCUUGUUAAAGGGAAUACCGCACACCACCAAAUAAAGUUUCGCAUCUAGAUGAGCUUGAAAAAUGCAAUCGCAAUAUUUUGAUUAUUUAGCCUACAACGAAGAAACUUGUGUAAUUAGGUUGGCAUAGAAAGAAAUGGUUGAGGGGUCUGGGAAACAAUAUUGAAGGAAAAAUAGAUGAACGAUCGUUCAAAAUUUCUGAGACUUGCCAAGGAAGACAAUAACAAAAACGUAUAAAAAAUUCAAUUUUGUUGAAUAUUUACAGUGAAUAGGUGCAAGUGCCUCUAACCCCUUUUACAGUGAUGAAAUCAUAAUCUAAUGACAGCGUAGCGGAUACUAAAAACUCCAAGAAAAUAUCCUGAAAUAUUCUCAGUAGACCUUUUUUACACAUCUAGAAUAUUUGCUAUUUUUGGUAAAAAAAAACAAGCCACCCUCUGAACAAUAAUUAGCAAGCUCGGCCCCCUAAGCGUGAUGAAGUGUAUGGCAUUUCUCAUCCUUCUUGUAAUUUUCUUGUUCAUUUUGGCUAUUUGACAUAUGUGAUUAAUUCGGUUCUUGUUCAACCGAAAAAAGAAUUCUAAAGACAUUCUUAAUUCGCAGAUAUGUAGGACUGUUUUAGAUAACCUAAGACCAUAAUUUCUACUUAGGAGUGCAGAGAGGAAAGAUUCACUUUAGUCAAGCCGACGACGAUUACCUUUGCCAAUAUGCCACAUUUACCAAAAGUUUCACCAAGGGUAUACCCGUACGGGUAUUUGCUUCAGUCAACCGUGGAAAUGGAUCGUCCAGUGUAUACGAUUCCAUUUUUGUAUGGGUGGAGGAUAUAAGAUUCGAUCGUUUCAAGGCCUGUGUUGUUGAAGGAGGUCGAGGAAAUGGAGAUAAUUUCACUAUCGACUGGUUUGCAUUUCAAGGUCCACAGACAGGAGUUCAGCAAGGUGAAACAAUGUUUAGUAAAUUUACUACAGGAUCGCAAUGCAACCGGGUAACUUUUCCAAAGGUAAGAUAUUUUACCUAAUUUUUCGAAGACAUUAGGGGUGAUUGGUGUAGAGAGUUGACUUAGACAUAUGAAGUAAGAAACAAAUAAUAUGUAACGUUUCUCCAACACUUAAUUCUCUAUAAUUCAGGGCUUUAAAACAAUUCCAAAAGUUCACGUCACUGUUGAGCACAGGAUCAAGGACCAGAAGCAUGACGCCAUGCUAGUUUGGAUCGAGAAUAUUUCCCCAAGUGAAUUUGAGGUCUGCCUUCGUGAAUCCAGGGUAUUUGAUGGAUCUCAUGAAAAACUCAGGGUGGUAAGUGAUUGCUUGUACAACCGUUAUCUUUUUCUGUGUUGUUUUUUCAUUUUUUUCCGGAGAUGUACAAAAUUUGUGCAUACAAAUAGGUAUAAAUUGGUUUGUGUCUCCUUGUUCAUCCAUAUGCAGUUCCUCCUCCGUUGUUUUCUCUAUUUCAAAUUAUUUAUUGUUAUCAUCGUUAUAAUCAGUAUAAUUGCAUAUAUUUUCUCAAGCAUUAAUAUUACGAUCAUCAUCUUUUCAGUCUGUUGCUCAUUUAAUUGUGUUGAUGUUUUGGUGCUCGUACUCAAAAUCAAUUUAAUAUGGAUGUGCCCAAAAUUUAGUGUUUAGCUCGCCAAAACUUAAUGAAAAUUGUUCCUUUUUUCUUGUUCAAGGACUGGAUGGCUUUCGAGAAUUAUCCUUCUUCCUGGAGGUGUAAAGAGUCGAAAAGCAUCAUAUUUUCAUCAAAGGAGUUACCUGCAGCACAAAAAAAGUAUGCUCUCUGUAGGGUAAGUCUACUUUCUUCAAAAUUAUUAGUUAAUAUUGUAGUCACAUAGGCGCAGUAGGUUCUUGUCUAAGAAACUCCUGCCUUAUUGCGAGAGCCAGGAAUGACGGAGGCCAUAAUCUUUUUUCUGUUCACUUGAUCUAAAUUAGCUUAACACAACACUCUGCCUUUUUUCACAGGAUUCAAACUUAAAUCAGUUACUCUAAUUCUAUCUAUUCUUUUAUUUAUUGACAGACUAUCAAAUUUGACGAGCCAUUUUUUACGCCGCCUGUGGUUCUCACGACUGUUUUCAAUGCUGCCAAAGGAAAUAAGUCGCACGAUGGCUGUAGCCCAAAGUAUAAGGAACCUUUAAUCACCUGGAUGGAGGUGACUUUAACUUGAAAUGUAAUAUCCUUUGCACAUCACUCAUAAAUUCGCCUACCAUAAUGGUUGAAAAGAUGCGUAAUGCAAAUGUUCGAUUGGAGUUAGUGACUUCUGUUUCUUGGCUCAUGUCGCCUACUUCUUAAUCACAUCAUUCUCCUUAUUUUUCUGAUUUCCUGGUGUGUUUAAGGUAAUUUUCUUCUCUCGAUUUUGUGUGAGUUUCUUUUCUUCCCAUUCUUCCCUUGCUCAUUUUCUUUUUUGCCAAAUCUUUUCUUUAUUUCCUUUUCCUUUUGUGUGCUUUCCUCCCUUUUUGUUGCAUUUGUUUUUGCUGUUUUCCUUUCGUUGUCUUUUGGUUUCUGGAACUCUUGUACUAUCAUGUUGUAGGAAGUGACCGCGAAACACUUUCAAAUUUGUAUGAAAGACUGGGCAGGAUACGAUAGUCAAAGGAGUGAUGUGUCCAUAGACUAUUUGGUUAUUGGGGGUAAGUAUGAAAAUUAUUUCAUGUUUUCUUUGACGUCCACUCCUUAUUAUCAAAUGUAAUUUAGCAAUCUUUUAUAAUAUUUCUUUCGUUUUCAGACCUUGAUCCGUGCAGAAAUGUUAACUGUACCUACGAAAGCUUUUGCUUUGCUUAUACCCCCUGGAGAUUUGAUUGUAUCUGCAAGGAUAACUGCCCAUCAUACGAGGAACAAGUCUGUGCUUCCAACGGUCGCACGUUCAAAAACAUGUGUUUCCUCAAAAAAGAGAUUUGUAAAACACGUGGAAACUACACCAACUACCAUCCAGGAAGCUGCAGAGGUAAGCAAAAUACGCAAUGAGUGGUUUGCAGAGUUCAACUGACUUCCUUUUUAGCCAUCAUCUUGCCCUUAUCUCUGCUUAAAUUGCUAAAGUUAUGUAGUAACCUUGUUCUAACCACUAAUUGGCAAAAAAAUAUCUUUCCAAGCAAUCAUGGAGAACAUAUUGGAUACUUCGGUUGGUUACCUGUUUGAGACCCUCGAGUUUUCCCCUUCCCACAAAUUAACUUUCAAACAAAGACGCCACUUUUACCUGGACUUAAUCAAAGAUGGUUUUUAUCAUGAUUGUAGGUUUUCCGAUGCAGAAAGGCAGACAUGAGUUCCAGAACACACCCUCGUGGGCAGAGGAUCAGUGUGAAGUUAUUGAUUUAAAACCCUUCAUUUUCUAUCCUCAUAUGAAAAUUUACGUACAACUGACUGUCAAUCACUUCAACUAUUCUGAUGAUACUUUGGUACACGAGGCCACCACACCUUGGGUCGAGAGCAUCAACACUACUCAGUUCACAGCUUGCGUUACGCGAGCUGGAAGGAAUGACUACCCUGCAGACAGCUUUGCUUUAAUUGACUGGAUGGCCUAUCAGGGAGCCCCACCUGGAGGAGUAGCAGGCGAGGAGAUGUUCUUAACUUGGUGGACUGGGACCACUUGCCGGACCGUUUCUUUUCCAAAAGUACGUUCUCUGCUGUAUUCACAUUUGAGAUCAAGCUAAUAGUUCAUGGGUUUACCCUUUCCAUUUCACAACACUUCUUUUUCCUUCCUUUCCUCUUCUUUAAUCAGUUUAAGGGUCAUCGCGGUGUUUAUUACCAGAUAGCUAAUAUGUUUCUUUUUCUUGUUUUUAUAUUGCCCCGUCCCCAAAACCUUUAGAUAUCUUUACGCUAAAAACCGCUAAGACUGGAGCUAAAUCAAUAACUUUUUUGGUUCGUUUCUUCUCCUUUCUAUCAACCUGACCUAAGCCGUAGGAUUUUCUUUUUUUUCCUUAGGGGAAGUAUUCUGAGCCACCACAAAUCUUCACCACAGCUGUCCAUUACAGAUCAAGCCUCAGGCACGAUGCUAGCACCGUGUGGCUUGAGGAUGUCUCCACGAGUUCUUUUCAGAUUUGUCUCAGGGAGCUUCAAAACUUCGCUGGAGUUCAUGAUGAUAUAUCAGUGGUAGGAAUUGUCAAAUUCAAAUUUAAAGUUGGCUAAAACACAUGGAAAACCGAGAGCACUCGAUUCGUGCCAAUCUUGGCCUAGUUCGAUGCCAUCUUUAUUUUUGGAUGUGUCGUUUAUUCGCUGUCGUUUCAUGAAAUUUCUCACCCUCCACAGAAAUCCGGUACGCUCAUUACCAGCUCUAUUUUCAUCUCUAAGAAUCUUAAAUUUACAACAUUGACUCAUAAAAUACACGACUUUACAUAGUAUCAGUAAAAAUGAAUAAAAUGAAUGCCUAAUGAAUGUGAAUUUGAUAUCAGAGAGAAAAUUUGAUAGAUACCAAGUAAAAACGAUAACUGAUUCUUCGUCUCUUUAUCUUUUGGAUCAGAACUGGCUUGCAAUUGGCAAAACACCUAGACCGAUGGUUAAAGAGAGCAGCGAAGUCAUGUUUCCGAAUGUUGGUUUGCCAUCAAUAAAUUACAACUACGCUUUCUGUAAGGUGAGUGAUGUAUACCCUAAUUCAAAUAAAGUUAUAUUUCGUUCUGGAAGCCUUUUAUUGAUACAGAAUCAAUUUUCAAUUAAUUUUAAUCGUGUAUUUAUCUCAAACCUCGCUGGGGAACUUUCUUAACCAAGAAUAUGCCUAGCUGAGACAAUCUGCACUUGGGAUUGCCUAUCCUUAAGGCAGUAAAAGAGGCUAAUCGAUUAAUCAAUUAUUACUUCUAUCAAAAGGAUGUGAGUUACCUUCAGUCGGCUUACACCUACCCACCAACAAUAUUGGUAACUGCCAGACAUUCUACCAGUGGAGGCAAUGCUGCAGCAGAGUGUAAUGGAAUCGUGAGCUGGAUCGAGGUAAGCAAGUGAAAAUGGAAUCCUUCUUUGCUUUUGUUUUCUCCUCGUUGACGCUGCUUCUACACUCUUGUAAUAGUUUAUAUCUCAUAUUUGUUACUUUAUUUAUAAAUUUUGUCUUAAUCAUUAGUCAUCUUUCAUUUAAUUAAUAGACAGCUGAGAUAUUCGUAAAUAAACAAUUUUUUUCGUGCUUAUUGGUUUAGGCGCAUAAGGAUGAUGUUUAAAACCUAACGGUCCUCGAAAGCUAUGGACUAUUACAGGAAACUUACGUACCGAUGAAAUUUUAUGUUUCACGGAUGCUAACUUGGUGUUGUGAAGUAUCCAAUACCCUUAUAAAGCUUCUUUGUUUUUUUUCUUUGUUGCAUCUAUGUUCUUUUUCAUUUUUUGUUUGGUUGUUCUCUGUUUAUUUCCGUUACUCCUAUUUGGGGUUUGAGUAUGAGAAUUUAUAUUUAGUGUAUCUUUAAUAACUGUUUCCCUUCCUAGUCUAUCACUACUUCUGGAUUUCGAAUCUGUGUCAAAGAACUGUAUGUAAAACGCUUUGACCCACUAAAUGUGUCAUACGCAGUGAUGGGAGGUAUGUAAAAUAUGUUUUUAUAGUCCAAUGUUGGCUCAGUGUCUUUGUGCCUCUGAUGACCUUAAAUAUAAAGUUGUGUUUCCUGCAUGUUCAAAAAAAUAAGCCAGGAUAGACGGAGAGGUGAAGAGAUGGCAUGCAUCGAUGAUAGAACAACAGAAACAAAAAUAAAUUAUUCUAAAAUAAGAAGGGAUACAUUUAUAUAAGUUUAUGCCCUAUCUAUGGACUACAACUUAAAAUUUCAUUCCCGUUUCACAGAUUACUUAUUGUUUACCACACAAAUUAUUUUAUGCAAAUUUACGUUCGAAAUGAUUGCUUAGAUAAAGGAACAAGUAUAAUAGAUACUGAAAAUCUGGAUACAAUAAACGAAAGUGUGUUAUCAUUUAAUUUAUAGAAAGCAUUUGCGACGACGGCUGGAAUUAUUUCAGAGGGUAUUGCUAUAGACAAGUGGCUGCAUGUGAUUCGUGGGGCAGCAGCCAGGGAAAAUGCGCCACGCAGGGAGCUAACCUUCCAAGCAUACACAGCCAGGAAGAAAACGUUUAUGUCCAGAGUCUGCAUGGCGGAGAGCACUCUUGGCUAGGGCUCACUGAUAUCAACUCAGAAGGGAAGUUCGUGUGGAGCGAUGGGAGCACAUUUAAAUUUAAGGACUGGGCGAAGGGCCAACCAAACAACUAUGGCAAUGAAGAUUGUGUUCAUACUCUAGGCUUCCUCAAAAACCAUCAUUACGAGUGGAAUGACGUGAACUGUACUGAUUGUCACAGAUUUACCUGCAAGAAAGGUUGGUGAAGAUAACAAUCAUUUCUAUUGCUAAUGGGAUAUUGGGCCUUUUAAACCCUCUGGAAGUAUGAGCACACCUAAAAUUUUCUGAAGGUACACAUGUCACUGUCAGCUUAGUGUUAUGGAUAGUGAAUUUAAAGAACAGUUUCUGGAAAUUAGUAGAAUGCUUAGUCAUGUUGACACGCAUAAUUGAACUUCUGAUGACACAGCAUGGAACUUUCUAGAAUCUUCAUCAAAUUACGUAAUUUUGAUGAAAUUCUACCAGAAUAGUUGGUUUCUAAACUUCCAGAAUGUUCUACAAUACUUUGUGAAUGUCUAUAAGGCUUCAGUCGUGCAAUUUAGUGGUUGUUAUUGUUAUCGCUGGUGACAGACUGUCUGAAAGCUAUGCCGAGAGAGCUACCGGAGUAUACUGCUCAUUUCAUGGAGAUUUAUGUCAGUGAUUAAACUAAGUUAUCAUCUCUAGUACGCUCGAGUAAGUUUUUGGAAGACAAUCAUUGUUUUUUUUUUUUAUAAAAUUCGCUUCUCGUUAAGAAGUGCAGUGUAGGAGUAAAGUGUUCUUUCUGUUGGUUAAAGUUAGCUCAUCGCUUAGUAAUAUAAGCAUAAUUUACACAUGAAGCUAUCAUCUCCAUGCACGAUGUUGGUUAACGCAUCUUCUCUUAAGUUGGCUAGCUUUAGUUUGGGCUGCUAUACAUUUUUAAUUGUCUUUCGAAAAUGCCAUCAAAAUUUUUCUUCCCCUGCAGAUUAUGAUGAAUGUAGAGACUUCAAUUAUCACUGCCCGCAUGAUUCCCAUUGCAUCAACAAUGAAGGCUCUUACACCUGUAAGUGCAAUAAAGGAUUCCGUUUGGAUGCAAACAAGAACUGCGAAGGUUGGUUUAAUUCUCGUUAAAAGGGUAUUCUAACGUUAUUCAUUUAGAUAUCACUGAGUUUCAUUCGUUUCUUUCUUCCUUUUUUCGCAAUUCAAUCAACAAUUAACCACUUGAGAGCCUCGUAAACAAACUCAGAACGCUUCUCUUUGGUGAACACUCGUUAAUCGUAUGUUUCAACCCAUAAACAGAAUUCGAUACCGCUGAGAUCUGACAAAUGAUGGUGUUAAAUUAAAUGCCCCAUUCCUUAUUUUCUGUUGAAACACACAAAACUGAGUAAAUACCAGGCACCAUUUAUACUGGCAAGAGCAAGUUCUCGCUAUUGGACUAUACAGUCAUUGUAGCUAAUUUGCUAUUAUCUUUCUCAUCUGGAAACAGAUAUGAAUGAGUGUCGAUUGGGAACGUUCACGUGCGAUGCCCAAGCGGUCUGCGAGAAUAUUCCUGGCACCUACAAAUGUAGAUGUUUUCCAGGGUUGGCUGGAACCGGAAAGACUUGUGGCGGUAAGUAUAGAGCGCACCAAGGUUUAUUUCCCUUCUUCCUUUAAGUGACAUUUUACACUUCAUGUUGGGCCAUUUUCAAUGUUCAGUAGUGAUAAAUUGUUUAACACGUUGUAUCAGCUACACAGUUUUUCUUUCACUGUAAUUCGUAUACGGUAUUUUUUAAAAUUAUUUUUUUGCAUAUUCACGACAAACAAGAUUAAAAAGAAAAGUGAAUUUUGAUGCAGUUUAGACUGGAGUUAUGGGAGAGAAGCUUAUUGUUUUAAAUUUCACAGCACCGAACGCCACGGUAAUACCCUCCUGUGCAAAUGUGACUGUUGUCCAGUCCGAUUCAAUGGGAUAUAUUGAGUCAAAUGAGCCUGGAGUUUCAGUAACCUAUAAAAGCAAAAUGGAUUGCACGUGGAACAUAACCACCAAUGGACAAAUUGAACUUGUAUUUAUACGUUUGGAUACCGAGGAUAAAGUCGACAUCGUUACCGUGUAUGAUGGCCUGUCACGAUCUGCUCCCGUAAUUGGUACUCUGUUUGGAAAUACUCUCCCCAAGCAAUCUUUGACAAGCACAUCCAACGAACUUCUCGUGAAAUUUACUUCUGAUGGCUCUAAGGAAUUUGGGGGAUUUCGCGCACGUUAUCGAGGUAGGGUGGUUUUGAGUAAGAAACACACGUAAAGUAUAUUAUGUAAAGGUAAUAGGUUUUUUUACGAAAACUGUGGUGCUGCGUUGGUGGGGUAUAACAAGAUAAUUUGGUUUCACAAACCGAGUUAAUUGUUUAAAUCGGCCACCGUAGAGAGUUUUUAAAGCUGACUGAGUCAGUAAAUGUGAUGAUUUCUUUAGCGGAAAUUUAUUAACGUUGUUGUCAAUAAUUCGCGUUUUCCAUGCCAGAACAGUUAGACACAGAAACCGAUAAAACGCACAGUUACGAAGGAUUAUUUUAUUUUAAUUUUGACGCACUCAUGCUUGAAUUUUCUUCACUUUGUUACCCGAGAACAAAAUAUCACUUGCUUUAUUGUCAGCUAUUACCGAUGGAAGCGUGCGCAUAAACAGCACCAGCCGGUCAACUGGCAGAGUGGAAGUUUUUACGAUGGCAAAUGGGGGACCAUCUGCGACGAUGCCUGGGACUUGA